UGUUUUUCCUCUCCAAUGGGAUUGGCUUUGUCACCCGGGUGUUGUCGCGGGAACUACCAUACGCUCAAAACAACAAACCAAGGAGUUGGAAGUUUCAACGAGUACUCAGUUGAACGAGCAGCCAAGGUCUUUUUUGGUUCCCCUUGGCUGAUGGAGUGGAUAAUAUCACUAUGUCUCACAGACUGACCAAGGAGGAACUGGAUGAACAGUUCGAGCUGUUCUUGAAGGAGUCUGUUUCAGAUGACUCAGUGGAUUUGGGCAACUCUGACAAGAAGUCCAGUGUUGAAAGCAAUCGCAAAUCAGUCCAGAAACCAACAGUGUCCUGGUGGGAAGAUGACGAAGACAGCGGCAGAGGAGCAGGGAGAGCAGAAACAGCCAAAAGCAGAUUUAUCAAAGCCAAGAAGUCUCAGCCCGACAGCAACAAUGGACUGCUGGGAACUGGAAAGACUUUUAAGAAGUCUUUGAGGAAGUCUCAGUCUAUUCGAGAGGAGGAGGAGGAGGAAGAUGCAGGAGGCAAUGGUUUGAGGGAGGAGGAAGGGCUGGAAGCAGCUGCUCUAAUCGAUGACAAUACUGGGGAGACCCAGGACUCAGUGAUGUUAAGAUCUGUGAACACAACCAAUAUUGGCUUGGACACUCUGGAGGAAGAAGAGGAGAAAGCCAGGUUCUUUGCCCAACUGGAGGCAGGAGCUUCAUCAACUAUAGAUUACUCCAAGCUGAACAGGGAGCUGGACUCAACAAGUUCUGCAGUUGGUCCAAAUCUCAGGAAGUGUGAGGAAGCUGUUGAGCAGAACGAGGAUGAUCAAAGGAAGGCCGGAGCUACAGAGACUGUCAGAGAAUGUCCAGCUUUUACAGGCUCUCCACACUACAGUGAGGAUUUUGAGGAAGAGGAGAAUGGAAAAGAGCCAUUGGAUGAGAAGUCUAAAAUGUCUCCAAUUCUUGCUAAAGUAUCUCUGUAUGACUCCCUGGAUGACACCGGUGGACACGACACAAAAAAGGACCCUGCAGGACCACUGGACAGAGGCCAGCCGUAUGUGCAGAGUGGAGGCUCGGAGAUGGAGGCUCUUCAUGAAGCAUACAGACAGAUCCAUGUUGUGGAAGAUUCAGAUGACCAUAAUUAUCAUGAUUCAUGUGAAGAAGGGAGACGGGGGGUCAGCAGACCUGAGUCUCAGCCCUCCUCCCCGCAACCUGGCAGACAGUCUCUUCAGCCUGCUUCUACCACUGAGUCAGAGCUACCCACCGCAGAAGAGUUGAUGAGACCCAUCCGGCCAGAGACGAACCAUAUCAGAGGCUUCACCCUCCAGCCUGUAAGUGUUGACCAAGAAAAGACGUCCCAUUACUUGGAAAGGACUUUCCCAGAUGUGACCUCUCCACAAUCACAAGUGAGGAGACCAGAGGAGGCUGACCCUGUUGCAGAGACAAAGGGAGCCACACAAUUGGACUCUCCAGACCGUCCCAAACAUAAUCUGACAUGGAGCAUCAGACAGGAAGUCGAGAGGCUGAUGCAGGAUCAGACCAACUAUUCCUCUUACACUUCAUCUCAAGUUGGCAAAGCUAAGAGGCAAUCGGCCUCCCAUGGUGUCGCUGUUUCUCACCCCUCUACAUCUUCGCUGAGGAAACCCACUGUGGCUCCUGUGAGGGGCAGGCGAGUGGAGGGGAGAGCAGCAGUCACUUCCAAGUCAGCAGGACCAAGCAGACCUGCCGCACCAGCCAGAACCCAGUCUUCUGCUUCCCGUCCUUUGCAACAUCCACAGGAAAGAGCCAAACUUACAAAGAGCCCCAAAAAAGAUAACUACACAGAGCCAGGUCUGAAGGUGAGCAAUGAGCUAGUGGCCUCUGUUCAGUCCUUAGUUGCUGUCCUCCAGCAGCAGAGGGACACCAACAGUCACCGGCAUGCUACAGACACACAGAAGACCACCGGAGAGACUUAUCACCUUCCAAAAGACAAUGGGGAGGAGGACAAUUCUAAUUCUCUGCUGGACGAGCUGAGAGUCCAGCUGGCUCAGAAAGAGAGGGAGCUGCAAGUGAUGAGGGAAGGAGCCGAAGAGCUCAACUCACUCAAACAACAGAACUACCUACUGCAAAGCAAGCUGCGAAGUGCAGAGGAAGCCUGUCAGAAGAGCAGAUGGGCUGAGGCCACUGACUCUGCUACAGAGGAGAAGCUACAGCAGGUGGAUAAAGAAAUAAAAGAGCAGGAGAUGCUCAUAAAAGGUUACCAGCAGGAGAAUGAGAAGCUGUAUUUGCAGAUGAAGGCCCAGCAAGCCAGGAGUAAAGCCAACGAGGAGGCCAUGUUUAAAGAAAACCAGAGGCUACUGAAUGAGCUGGUCUUCAUAAGGGAACAGAUGAAUCAGACUUCGAGGCCAGUGGGAAAUAUCUGCUUAAUGGAUCACACACAACGGAUUUCAGAACUGUUAGCCCAAAUAAAUACAUUUCAGAAGAAUGAGGCCAAGCUCUCUGAGGACAUUCACAGACUGAAGCAGGAAAAGCAGGCUUUGGACGUAGACUUGCAGCUAAUGAAGAAAGAGAGAGAUCUGGCGAAAGCUCAGGCCAUGUCUGUCUCAGAUGACAAGACCUUUGAGAUCCGUAUGCUAGAAGACAAGCACAGAGAGGAAGUGACUGCCCUGAAGAAGGAGCUGCACUGGUUUGCCGAGAACCAGGAGCUGCUGGACAAAGAUGCUGGCAGACUGAAAGCUGCUACAGCUGAGAUACACCAACUCAAAGAGCAGGUAGAAAAACUCAAAAUGGAUGUAGGCAAAAGAAGCAGUGAGCAGCAGAGGAAGGCCAAAGAAAAAACAGUGGACACUAAGAGGAUGCAGGACCUGGAGCGACAGGUCAAGGAGCUGGAGCAGAUACUGAGACAUAGAAACCCAAACUCUCUGCCUGCUCUGAUCUACGCUGCAGCCACGGCUGGCGGUCAAGACCAUGUGGAUGCUACAGAGAUUUCUCCACCCAGCAGGAUCAAUGCCCUGUUGGAGCGCAGGAUUCAGCGUUUGGAGGCUGAGCUGGAGAGUCACGGUGAGGAGGCCAAGCGCAGCCUGCGGGCCAUGGAACAACAGUUUCACAGGAUCAAGCUGCGCUAUGAGCAGCAGAUCUCGGAGCUGGAGCAGCAGCUGGAGCAGAAACAGAAGCCGGAAGCAGCUAACUCAGCAGCUGGAACUGAGCCAUGGAUGUCACAGGUUCGAACGCUGGAGCAAGAGUUGCAGCAUGUGAGGGAAACCCACCAGGAGAAAGAGAAAUCCCUCCUGGACCAGAUUGAGUCUCUCCAGCUGCAGCUCAAACACAAGGCCCAUCCAAGUCCAGGUCGACACCAGCGUCAAGCCGAGGAAGCGUUUGGUAUCCGGAUAGAGCGGCUGAACCAAGAGCUCAGCGCCAAGACGCGAAGCAUUCAGGAACUGAGCCGCACUGUGGACAGACUGCAAAAGGAAAGGAGGAACAUGCUGUCCGUCUCUAACCCCCGACCAGAAACCCGUUCAGCAGAGCCCAAACGACAACCAGGCCCAGCCAAAACACCCUGUUCUGCAUCUGCAGGAGAGACACGUGGAGGGCAAGAAACGUUUCCAGCUGCUCAUGACGACAAGACCUACCAGCCCACCGUUUUUACAGGCAGUCAUAUCUCAGAGGUUCUGCAGGAGAACGAGGUUCUGAAGCAGCGUCUGGAGCUGCUGGACCUGCAGAAUGAGCAGGACAAGGAGGCACUAAAGGCUGAUGCUGUCCAAGCCAGGGAGGAGCUGUGCAGGUUACAGGAGCACUUUGAAGAGCAAUUGUCUUCUGUGAAAGCAGAACACCUCGGCAUGUUAGACCAGCUGCGGGCCACCCACGCCUUGGAACACUCUUCCUCAAAGGUUGCUGAGCUGGCCAAUGAGCUCCACACUCAAGAGAUAAUGGUGAAACAUCUGAAAGACCAGCUGAAAGAGCUGCAGGGAGCUAAAGAAGCACUGGCAAUAUCAAGGACUCGAGAGGACGCUCUGCAGAAGCAGCUGACCAGACUGCUGAAGGAGCUGAAGGAAGCUAAAGACGCUCAGAACCCAGAGGUGAAACUCCUGUGUAGCCUGGAGAAGAAGAUCUUCAACAUGGAGCUCAGACACCAACACAGAGAGAAAGAGCUGCAGCAGGUGAUUGGUGGCUCAUGGCCCACACUGGACACUGAUGAGCAGUCAGAGGUGGAGCGCUGGAAGCGCAUGGCUCAGGACAAGAGCAGAGAGCUGAAGGCUUUCCGUCUGGAACUGGACUCCAUUCUGGACAUCCUGAGACAUCUCCAGAGACAGGGAGUGGUCCUCCCCAAGAGUUAACGCACACACAGGGUUUGACUGAUGCCUGUCUGACUGUGAAUGCUGGUAAUUGUGUGUGAAGCCGGAGGCAAACAACAAAAGCAAUAAUCAGUAUCUCAGCGUUAAAAUGAGUUCAGGUGAAGGGCUUAUCAUUGACAGCAGUAAGUUUGAUAUUACACCUCUGAAAUGGGAACUGCUUCCUGGCCCAUAUCAGUAAUACUUAAUGUUAACAUGUACAAACAGAAAUAAAGCUACAUUUUGUUGGAAUACAGAAACCUGUAAAGGGUAAAAGCUGGAAAUAAAAAAAGUCACUGAAUGUCUUUAUACACAUACUCUACCUGUUUUUUAUUUUUGAGUGUAUAUUUUAGAGUUUAUAUUUUGUAUGUAACUAUUGUAACUUAUUUAAUAAAUGUUUUUUGUGGUCUUAACUGA